AUGGCCGACCCGUUAAUUCUCAGCAAGCCCUACAGAGAGAAAACGGUUUGGAAAAUGGCCUUUAAUGCCAGCUGAGGUUCAUUCGUAUUUGGAUACACUUUAGGAGAGUUUAACUCGCCCCAGCCUAAUAUUGCUGCGACUUUAGGAUGGGGUGGUGACAAAGAUCUGUAUAUCACAAUAAUGUCAGCUUUAAUGCCAUUAGGGGCAAUGUUUGGAGCUUUGCUUGGCGGUCCAUUAGCAUCAAAAGCGGGAAGAAGACAAGCAAUUAUUUACACAGAUUGAAUCGCAAUAAUAGGGGCUGGAGUAAUAAUUAUCCCCUUCACUCCAUCAUUUGCCAUUGGGAGAAUAAUUACCGGCUUUGCGGCAGGGAGUUUUACAACCCUAUGUCCUUUAUAUAUCAAUGAAACAGCGCCGCCAGAGAUUGGAGGAAAGCUGGGAAGUUUAGUUCAGCUCCAAGUCACACUUGGAAUUGCUGUGGCAUAUGCAUUAGCAUUGCCGCUUCCAACUGGGGAUUAUAAUGAUCAUAUAUUCAACUAUUGGUGGCUAUGCUGCUUUGCUUUUUCUGGAAUCAUUGCUUUUAUCCAGCUACUCACCUUCACGUUUAUUUAUAGGCAAGAAACCCCUCAUUGGCUACUUGAAAAAGGAAAAAGAGAUGAAGCCUUCAAAAGUCUCAUGCAAGUUUAUACAGAAGACGGAGCUUCAAAUGUCCUUAUGACAAUGGAAAUGGGCAAAAAGUCAGCCACAGAGCUGUCUGAGACUGGGAGCGAAAAAGGCUCUUUUCACAGUAGAGCUGAAGCCGAACCCACUUAUCAAGAUUUGCUAUUUUUCAGAAAAGGCUACUCUAAAAUGAUGAGGCUUGGAUUUAUGUUGAAUAUUUUGCAGCAAUGGAGCGGGAUUAAUGCAAUUUUGAGCUAUUCAACCACAAUUUACAGUGGCUUUGGGGGUGGUAAAUUUUUGGCAAGACUGUUAACUUUUAUCACUGGCUUGACAAACAUGGUUGCAACUCUUCUAGUUUUUCCACUGAUUGAUAAAUUUGGAAGGAAAGUUUUAUUAUGGACUGGGAAUCUUGGAAUGGCAGUUUGUCUGUUUUUGAUGGGGCUGUUCUCUGAUUAUAUAGAUGCUGGAGUUGGGCCUCCCCUCGCGUUUAUAUUGAUAUUCCUUUUCUUUUUUGAAAUUUCAUCUGGGCCUCUUUGUUGGGUUUACUGUGGAGAAAUUUUGGCAGCUAAAGCUAUGAGCUUGUGCGUAGGGACAAAUUGGUUAUGCGUUUUCGGAGUUGUCUUUCUUUUCCCAAUUAUGUCAAGCGGGCUUGGAGCUUCUGGGACGUUUUUCUUCUAUGCAGCUAUUUGCUUAUUUGGAGCAAUUUAUUUAAUGUUUGACAUAGUUGAGACAAGAGGAAUAAGCAAACCUGAGAUUAAGGUUAUGCUUGCGAAGUAUAGAUAA